GCCCCGCCCGCUUCCCCGCGCAGCUGCCGGCUGUCGCCUCCCGGGGCUGCGGAGAGCCCGGCCGGCGAGCGUCCCCGCCCUGCGCGCUCCCUUUUCCUCUCGAGCUGCGCCACAAGGGCGUCGCGGCUGCCCCGGCCAGGGAAAGCGAAACCAAGCGGGCCUUCCACUCCCCACCGGCCGGCGGGGGGCCGCGGAGUCGGGGGCCGCGCGCAUCGGCCGGGCCGCAGGCGCCCGAAGGUCCCGGGCCUUCCGGCCGCUACUGUGGCGGCUGCGGCGGCGCCUCCCUCCCUCCCUCCUUCCCGUCCAGUCGCCGGCCGCCCGGCCCGUGAGCGGUACGCGGAAUGGGCAGGUGCUGCUUCUACGUGGUGGGGACGCUGUCCCUGCUUCUGCUGGUGACCAGCGUCACGCUGCUGGUGGCCAGAGUCUUCCAGAAGGCCGUGGACCAGACGAUCGAGAAGAAUAUUGUGUUAAGGAAUGGCUCGGAGACCUUUGAGUCCUGGAGGAAGCCCCCUCUGCCCGUGCACACCCAGUUCUAUUUCUUCAAUGUCACCAAUCCAGAGGAGGUCCUCAGAGGGGAGACCCCUCGGUUGGAAGAAGUGGGGCCCUACACCUACAGGGAACUCAGAAACAAAGAAGAUAUUCAAUUUGGAGAUAAUGGAACAACAAUAUCUGCCGUGAGCAACAAGACCUAUGUUUUUGAACGAGAUAAAUCCGUUGGAGACCCUAAAAUUGACUUACUUAGAACAUUAAAUAUUCCUGCAUUGACCGCCAUGGAAUGGGCCCAGCUACCCUUCCUCCACGAGCUCAUCGAGGCCCUGUUGAAGGCCUAUCAGCAGAAGCUCUUUGUGACCCACACGGUGGAUGAAUUGCUCUGGGGCUACAAAGAUGAGAUCUUAUCCCUCAUCAACGUUUUCAAACCUGACAUCUCUCCCUAUUUUGGCCUGUUCUAUGGGAAAAAUGGGACUAAUGAUGGAGACUAUGUUUUUCUAACUGGAGAAGACAAUUACCUUAACUUUUCCAAGAUUGUGGAAUGGAAUGGAAAAACGUCGCUUGACUGGUGGACAGCAGACGAGUGCAAUAUGAUCAACGGAACAGACGGAGAUUCUUUUCACCCAUUAAUCACCAAAGACGAAAUCCUUUAUGUCUUCCCAUCUGAUUUUUGCAGGUCAGUAUAUAUAACUUUCAGUGACUUUGAGAGCGUACAGGGACUGCCUGCCUUGAGGUAUAAGGUGCCUGCAGAAAUAUUAGCCAAUACCUCAGACAACGCGGGCUUCUGUAUACCUAAAGGAAACUGCCUGGGCUCAGGAGUUUUGAAUGUCAGCGUCUGCAAGAACGGUGCACCUAUCAUUAUGUCUUUCCCACACUUCUACCAAGCAGAUGAGAAGUUUGUUUCUGCCAUAGAAGGGAUGCACCCAAAUAAGGAAUAUCAUGAGACAUUUGUGGACAUUAAUCCUUUGACUGGAAUCAUCCUGAGAGCAGCCAAGAGGUUCCAAAUCAACGUUUAUGUCAAAAAAUUAGAUGACUUUAUUGAAACGGGAAAUAUUAGAACCCUGGUUUUCCCAGUGAUGUAUAUCAAUGAGAGUGUUCUCAUUGAUAAAGAGACUGCAAGUCGACUGAAGUCUGUGAUUAACACUACUCUGAUUAUCACCAACAUACCCUACAUUAUCAUGGCGCUGGGUGUGUUCUUUGGUCUGAUCUUCACCUGGCUUGCGUGCAGAGGACGGGGAUCCAUGGAUGAGGGAACUGCAGACGAAAGAGCACCCCUCAUACGAACCUAACCUAACCAUGGGCUGCGCUUGGGGAAGGAAGCGUGCGAGCUGUCGUGACCUGGACCACAACAGUGGGGCAACUGUCUGCAUCCUCACAGGCUUGUCAGCGGGUGUGAGAGGAGGGUGGAAACCCCGUGCCUGCGUGUGGUGAGCGCCUUCUGGCAGAGGUUCAAGAACAGGCUGACCUGGUUGGCUGUUAGGAUCCUGUGGUCCCUGACAAAUUGUUUUGUUUUUCAUGUGUCUAGCAAGUAUUUAAUAAACUCCGGUAUAGUAAUUUUUUUGUUGUUGGGUGCUGGUAGCUCCAGAAUUUUGUGACCACUGUCGUGGUUAUAAUGUCUGUGCAUCACUUGUUAAUGCUACUUGGUCUAACCUUAUUCACUACUCUUCAUUCACCAAACUUUGUGCUCAAAAUACAUAAAUACUAUUUGAUGUUGUAUUCCUCCAUUCAUUUCAUCCACAAAACAGAAGUAAGUUAAGAGUUUGGGAUGCAGGGUAAAAUGGUAAGCCUCAUUCAAUACCAUUCAGAUGCAUCUAAUUUCCUCGUUUGAAAAGGUGCAUAUUGCAUUUCUUGCUAAUCUUCAGUUCAUAAUUCCUCCAGGAAAAUAAUUCAGACAGCUUUCAUACAGGGUAGGAAUCAAGCAGGGAAGGGGUUUGUGGAGGUGGUACCCAUGAGUUGAUAGUGACAAGCACCUGAGGAUUUUUGACUUGUACUUUUGUGAAUUGAGAGAACGCAUAAAUGAUGUUGGUGAGGACAAGUACAGAUAUUUCAUAUAGAAUAGAAUGCCAGUUAUGACAUUUGUGGGUAGUUUGUUAUUUUUUUAGUCAAAAUGAUCUUGAUUUAGAAAGAUGUUUCUGGGAGAAUGUAAUCAGUAACUGAUUUUUUUCCCCAAUCGCCCUUGCCAAAUAUGACUUUAUCAAUUAAUUAUAAUACUAUUGAGUGAUUAUUUGUAAAAUGAUUUAUAAAUAUAGGAAAUCCAUCUAUCCACAGCCUAAGUUACACUUAAAUUUCAGGAAGUCUGACUACACUAAAGAGACAUUUCUUCUAGGGCAGUCUUCUUGGUAACUUUGAAAUUGUUUUUAAGAAAAGUUGUUCUUUUCUCAGAUUCAGUUCCUUCUGAUGUUUUGUGGCUCACUAUCACUCACUGAAUAGAGAAAGAUGUGCCCUACACUUCCUGUGACAAUCAUUUUGCUGACAGAGUGAUGGUGUUUGAAAAUAUUGCACAGGAAGUGCCUUUAAGAAAGGUCCCUUGGGACCAGAAGCAGAGCCACCUCUCUGCAGAAGACCUCUUGGCUUUCAGUGUAACCUAAGUCAGGAUUGGGAACCAUCAGCUGUCACAGAAUUCAAGCACAUUUAAGGGCAGUUCCUUUGAUUCUCAACGUUCACUAUUCAUUUUUGAUUGAGAAACCUGUACAGUUAAUAUGGCAAAGUGCACAGAUAAUUUCUUAACAACUGAAUCAUUCUGCAGGACUUUUUGUUUAAAACUGGAUUUCAGUGUAAGCAAAUGAAGGAAAAAAAGCCACAGAUUUCACAAAUGCAACUUCUGAUCCCUGUAUGGAGGUAAUAAAUCAUUUUGUUUCCUUGCCCCAAUUUUCCUAUUCUCUACACUAAAGCAAUUUGUAAUGUUUCCCUUUUUGAAGGGGCAGUUCAUUAAACUCUCAAUUUCUCUAUAAAUUAAGAUAGAACCUAUAGAUACCCCAAAUCACCGAAAUGUGAGAAGCUAAAUUGAAGAUAUUUUGUCUUCAAUAAUGCCAAAUAUCUAGAUUUUUUAAAAUUUAUCAAUAUUUAACUAGAUAAUUGGCACAUCUUAUUCUGUUAUGCACCCAUUUAUUCACAUUAAUAAAACUGAUAAGUCAGUGCAUACCCAUUGAUUCAUCCUCUUACCAGAAUAUAAUCAUCUGUGAGGAGGAAAUUUUUAAACACUAUGAGUGAUAACAUUACAGUUAAUGAUGCACACCUUUUGAUUGAAUCCCACACAGUCAGGGAGGCCAAAAGCAUAAUAUUUUCAUAUGAUUCUUAAUAGUUACUUGGCUUAAAAAUCACAUUUGAUAUUUUACUUCUGAAAACUCUGUGGCAAACCCAUACACUGCAGUCAAGAUUAUAGAUUGGUUAAGAAGAAUGAAUGUACCCAUUUGGUUUGAGGUUGAAAUAACAAACAGUUCCUCAUCCUCAUUUUUGUGGAGCCAUUAUCCUAGAAAGGUCCCCAAAAGCUUUGUGAUUGUCACAAUCAAAGAAUACGGUGUCCUGUACUAUGAUACUCAAUUUAGGGAGAAACCAAACAGAGAGAGGUUACCUCACUUCUCUCAGGGAAACUUAGGAGUUGAACACAGGACAGGAAAUGGGCUUUGCCACUUUCAGCUCCAGGCUUUUCCCACUAGACUUUAUUCUAGAAAGCUCACUAAUGGUCAGGCAGACCAAGUACUACACAACUAACCUUUAUCGGGGUUUUUACUUAAGAGAAGCUAAUUUUUUAUUUCGGUUGCUCAAGAUAAGAGUUCUGUAAAAGGUGACCACCAUCCUUGGCCCUCUGGGUAUUAUCACUAGGGUUAAUUGCUUGUGGCUAUUAAAGAGAAUGCUGACCAGAAUGUAGUUAUACUGCUGGUUCCUUUCAUGUGAUCCUUGACCUUGUUUAUUUCUACCCUUAAUGCAAUGGAAUAUUUCACUAAUAAAAAAAACUUUCUAUGAAA